GGCGCGACCAGACCAACCAGUUGUUGUGUGCUCGGCGAGAGAGCGAGUCGCCUGCCACUCCGGUUGCAUACUCUCGGCAGAAUACGCUUGGUCUCAGCCGGCCGACAGAGAGCGAACGAGUGCAAAAAGGCGGCCGCAGCGGCCGAAAACAUGUGAAUCUACCUCGACGGUGACUUUCCUUUUGCUGAAUCCAAUUGCGUCCCAGCAUGACCGACGAGGCAGAAACCAAAUUUGAUAAGCCCAGAAAUGGGGGCACCAGUUGUGUGGACAACCCUUCGCCUCGAUCACUACCCCCCAGCGGAGACAGAGGCAGUCCGACGGCAACCGCGUGUCCUCGGCUCCGAAGGGCCAGCACCCCGGCCGCGCUGCCUUCCACCCACGACAAUAUCAGCUCACAAAGGGUUUUCAAGAAGUGCGCGCCCAACAACAAAAUCACGCUCUACCUCAGCAGCAGGGACCUCGUCAUUUCAGAGUCGCGGGUCGAUAAACUGUAUGGCGUCCUGCUGGUUGAUCCCACCUACGUUCAGGACAGGAAGGUUUUCGGCCAAGUCACCCUGACGUUCAGGUACGGCCGCGAAGACGAGGAGGUGAUGGGCCUGAGGUUCUGCAACGAAGCCGUCAUGUCCCUGAGCAGGCUCUACCCAGGGCCGAACCCGCAUGACAAGCACGCUCAAGAUGUCACUCCGCUGCAGGAGGCGUUAGUGAAAAGACUGGGCCCUAAUGCAUAUCCAUUUUGCCUCGAAGUAACGCCGAUCGCACCACCCAGUGUUCAACUCGUGCCCGCCAAGGAGUACAACGGAGCUCCCAUCGGAACGAGCUACGACGUCAGAGCCUUUGUCGCGGAUCGGCCAGAAGAAAAGCCUCACCGGCGGUGUACAGUGCGAAUGGGCAUUCGGGUGCUGCAGCGGUGUCCAGUCGACAUAAACCACCGCAGCUCGGGCUCGCCGCCGCGGGCGUCCAUCGAGAAGCCGUUCAUGCUGAGCGACGGCCGGGUGCGACUGGAUGCUGUGCUGGACCGAGCCUUCUAUCGCCAGGGGGAGGCGGUGCACGUGAAGCUGUCCAUCCACAACCACAGCCGGAAAACGGUGCGGCGGAUCAAGAUUUUCAUCGUGCAGCACGUGGACGUGUGCAUGUUCUCGAACGGCAAGUUCAAAAAUGUGGUGGCGUCGGUGAACAGCCGGCAGGACUGUCCGAUAGCCCCCGGCCAGAGCGUGCGGCACUCGUACACGCUGUUCCCCACCAAGGGCUCGACCAAGAACUGGAUCGCCCUGGAGGACUCGUACACCAAGAGCGGCGCCAACCUGGCGUCGACGGUGACGCGGGGCCACUCGGUCGGGCCCACCAGCAAUCCCAACGUGCCGGAGAGCGGGGGCGGCGGAGGCAGCGGCGGUGGCGGUGCUAACGGCAACAACGACGCCGAACGCAACGUGUUCGCUAUUUUCGUGACCUACUAUUGCAAAGUGAAGCUGAUCGUCGGCGCCAUGAACUCCGAGGUCAGCGUCAAGAUGCCGUUCACGCUGCUGCCGACCGAGGAGAAGGACAAAGGCGAGUCCAUGCCCCCGGAGCCGUCCCCGACACCCACGCCAUCGGCCCCAACCAUCGAGCUGGCCGAGCAACCGCCGGCGCCGCUGGACGACGACGGAGUGCGGCGGGCGCCUCCGGAACGGCCUGCCAAGAUCGGCGCCACGGCUAGCGGCGUCGACACGAUUGAGCCUAGCGGCGAGACCAGCUGCUGAUCGCUGUCCUGAUGCUGAUUUCGGCGAAAAAGCACUUACACGCUUAUUCUACUAGAGAGAUAAAGAGCAGAGUCCGUUGCUGGAUGUUGUUGUGUGAUUGUCUUUGGAAAAAGGGGUGGACUUUGAAUAUUUUCGUGUGUUAUAAUAUGCUCCCGUUUUAAUUGAACCCGCUGUUAUACAGUGAAAAUGUUUUUAAAAUUCGUCUAAUCAAAUUGAUUUCCUUAAUUUGCUCAAAACGAACAGCUCUCGGACAUAUUUCGAAACGCAAUUAUACCCUUUUGAGUGUAAAGCUAGAGCAAUGAUGAACCUAAAACGCAUGAUACACUUGGUGUGGCUUAAAAUAUUUUUAAAAGGUGAAAGCUUUGGAACACUAUAUGAGAAAGCUGUCAGUCAUUUUAAUAUUUCAACCUCCUCAUGCAUACUUAGAUAGAUGAUGUACUUUCCCACAAAAUAGAAUUUUGUGAUUAACUCUAAUAUUAUGCUUCUGCAAGGUGCUGAGUGACAGCUUUUACGAUUUGAAUUUCCUUGGAAAGCACCAAUCAUUGCCAAAGAGAACGAAAGACGAAGGUGAUUUAACUGCAUUUUGUUAAAUGGAACGCGAGGAAGCUUGGUUCCAAUUCAGAAAGAUGAAAAUAAUAAUCAAUGGCUUAAAUUUUAGUGUUUUAAAAAACUGUGCGUGUCCCCUAACGAAAAUACGCUUGUUUUGAUGUUGAAACGAUAAACUGUCAUGAUAGAUAUCGAUUUUCCAGCCUUUUGAACUACAUGCUGCUUUCCGCGCUAGAAUUUCUCGUAUCUUGUUCAUUUUCCCACUCAAAUUGACCACUUGCGUAAGCCCUUAGUGUUCGAAGCUGCCAAAACAUGGCGCCACCGUAUAUUUUCAAAAUAAAUUUAAUUUCAAGGCACUUCCGCUGUGAUUUCAGACUCAUUCCUGCUACUGUGCAUUCUUCACUUAAUAUCUUUUCUUUUGACGUGCUGAAAACCAAAAUUGGUUCAGCCAAUCGCCGUAGAAUCGUGAAAAGCUAUUUUUUGAAAUAUAAAAUCUUUUCCGACGAUUCUACGCCGAAUGUCUGGACUGAUUUUGGUUUACAGCACGUCAAAAGAAACUAUAUUAAGUGAAGAAUGCACAGUGGCAGAACUGAAUCUGAAACCCCAGCGGAAGUGCCUUAAAAUUAAAUUUAUUUCGAAAGUCAACGGUGGCUUCGAACUUUGAACACUAAGGAUUUAAACAACUGGUAUUUAUAUUGUCAAGCUUUCCAGUGUAAAGUGAGUACGUGUCCCCUUGUAAAACUGGAGUGUCUGCUAUAAACGAGCAAGCGAGAAUAAAAAUCGAAAUACCAAACGGUGAAAACAUUUAAGUCAAUUAAAAGUGGAAUUUCGCAAGAAAAACCGCUGGAGUCAGUUCCAGCAAGAGAAUCCGAGUAACAAUAUUUUUACAGCUUACCCGAUUUGUACAUUUUUCAAACCCUUUCUACAUUCGCUCGGCCGCACACGAAUAGCUAAACCUGAUUAACAAUGUGUGCCUGCGUGUAACUGUACACAUACAUACAUAUAUUAUACGCCAGGAAUAAUUGCAUCUCGUUAAUGAUGGAUGAUACCGUUUGUUUCACGCACACUACGCCCUCAUACAUGUAGCAACCCUCGUUUUAACUGUAAAUAUUUCAGCAUGGAGAAUUCACGCAGAUUAGCUGAUAAAUUCAUUAAAAUUGAAAUGAGUACAUGUUGCGAUGAUCUCAAAAAGGGUUGAAUCCGACAGCCGACAAGAUUAUUCAACUCGUGUGAGGAAUAAAAAAUAACCCUCAAUUGUUGUAAUUGGCUGAACAGUGUUUGCGAGAAGAAUUUGCUGUAAAACCAUGUCAAUAAAUAUGAAUGUGUGUCAAACCCAAGAUAAAUGCACCCCUACCCUUUCAAGCUGAGUGUAUUUUGUUACUCGAUUGUGAUCAAGUCAUUUAUGAUGAAUAAAAAGUAUUUAUGACAUAUUAA